AUGGACACAACAACAACACGUCAUACAGCUGGAGACGGAAGAUGGUUUCAAUCAUCGACCAAUGGACUUAAGAACGAAGUGAAUGGAUACAUCCAAGAUGCUUACAAAGCACUUCCAAAGCUUGAAGGUAAAGUAUUAGGCAGUGUAGCGCCACAUGCUGGGUUUCGAUAUAGUGGGCCCACUGCUGGGUUUUCUGUUGCUGCUUUAUUAAAAGACUCUGAAACGAAUGGGAAGCCCGAUGUUGUAUUUAUAUUGGGAUUCAGUCACUCCGCUCAUUUUGAAUAUGCAGCAAUUAUGGAUGGCGCCGCAAUCAAAUCGCCCAUUUGCACGUCCAAAAUUGACACGGACGCAAUCAAUAUAUUCAUGAAAGACAGACCAAACAUGAAACUGAAAUACAACCCUCACAACGGUGAACACUCGGCGGAGAAUGAAAUUCCAUUUGUCCAAGUGGCAUUCCCAGAGACCAAGGUGGUUAUGGUUCUCAUUGGAACACACAAGGCACAAGUCUUUAAAGAAGUUUCGGACGGUCUUUUGGAGGUAAGCAAAACACGUAAGAUGUAUGUCGUUGCUAGCAGUGAUAUGCUACACGACGAAGACUUCAAUUUAGUGGAAAAAACUGACAGGGUGACUGCGGAUUUGACUGAAAAUGUCGACUUUGACGGAUUACUUAAAAACUGGUCAUACGAGAAUCAAAUUUUCUGUGGGAUUACAGCAGUCGUACCUUUAAUGAUGUACUGCAAAGCUGUUGGGUGUAAAAAGGCUAUCACCGCAGACUUGACUAACAGCGAGAAAGUCACUGGGAAAAGAAACUCUGGGUGGGUAGUUGGUUAUGGUGCGUUUAUUUUUGUUCUCUAA